CUAGCCAAUAGAUACUUUGCGUAGUAGGGGAGAAUGCAGAGUAGCGUGAAUGAGGUGAACAAGAAACGAGAACAAACGAAAAAGUGAACCGAUAACACAAUGCACCUACAUUUAUUAAUGAAGGCAACAAAUACUAGGCAUAAAACUAGAAACAAAUAGUUUAAUCCGCUAAAGCACUGUGCUUUUAAUUUCGGGCGAAUAUAAACGGGGUGCAAUCCUAGUUCUGAUUAGUUCACUCAAGGCCGUCCUGAAGACUGAAGACUGGCGGUACUUUCACCCUACGCUCUUAGCAUACAAUUGUAUGUUCUCAAAGUUUACAGUCAGUACUUCUGUUCAUUUCUAGGUUUUCUAAAUAAUCGCUCUGGUAGAUCAACAGUAACGGCAUCGGUUGUAUUUGUAUGACUAAACAUAAGGAGAGUCGUCAAAGUACUUCGUUGUUUCGUCUUCUGAACUUUGAACUUUUCGUCAAACCAAAUAAGGUCGUAAUAUCUUUUGGGUUAUCUGCAAUAACUGGGUGUGUCGCAUAUCUGGCCUACCUUAAUUUGACUCAUCAGCAUUCUCAGGAUCUUGCAGCAAGUAGCAACAUCAGUAAUAACCAUAAGUCUAACUGGGACUGAUCUUAGAGAUGCCACUCUACAACACAGUAUUGUAUAUUCCUCCCAUUGAACCCCCAAGAAUCACUGAUUUCGACUCCAGUGCUUCUCACAUUAACGACGAUAGAAUUAAAAUUGCUGAAGUAGAAGCUUGUUUUGGAGAGUUUGAGGCACAACUUUCUAAGUUUUGCCAUUGUAGUCAAUCGAAUGAUGUUCAUACUCAAUGUUGUGUUCCUGGAGCUGGAAAUUUUACACAUCCAAUGAAUGAAAGAUACCUACGUCGUACUGUAGAUGAACAAUUAAGAGAUCUUACACUUGAAGGUGAACGUAACCGAACACGUGUUGAUCGCGAUCCUCAGAAUAGUAAUUUUGAUCGAAACUCAAUUUCCAUCUUACAUCGACGUGGAAGAUUUGACUCACACAGAGCUCAGGAUUCUGUUACACAAUCCUCAAGUGAGCUACCUCAAAAUUUUAACGAAUCCAUGACUGCAGGCGGAAUAGCUGAGGCAGAAAGCAGUGAUAAUUUUCUUGUGGAUGAAGAAGAAGCCGAGGCUACUGUUGCAACAGAAGAAGAACUUGAUGCCACGGAAUAAACCUUCUCGAUCUUUAUUAUUUAGAAUUAUUAAGUGUUAUUAUUUCCAUUUUGGGAAAUCCACCAACUGAUGCUCAUGUCAGAGAUGUAAAUAUAUAUGUAGUAACUUGUUAUUAUGUUAUUGCUUCAUCUUCCAAUCUGUAGGUCUUCAGACCAACUGGACCUCAUAGUUUGAACUUUUUCGUAAGUCAUUACAAAUUCAGUGUCCCCUUCUUUUUCAUAAUAGACUUAAGUAAAACAUAGUUAGCAUGUAUUUCUUUGUGUUUCAGUUAACUCACAGUUAUUGUAUGUCACAACAAAUAGGACUUCAUAGGUGUUCAAAUAUUCAUUGGAGAAACAAUUUUUUAAUAUGUGACCAUCAACGACUUCUUUUCCGAUGACCAGUUGCAUUACUGUUCACUUCAAAUAGGAAUGUAAAAAAAAACAUUACAUCUAACACUCUUGAUAGAGUAAACAAUCGAUUUAAUUUUGUCACUAGUUAGCAAAUAGGCAACUUAUAGUUUAUUUUUUAAUUAUUUGUCAUGAAAUGUUUAUUUCAUGAAUAAUCCAUUAGACAUACUUUUCAGGAUUGUAAGAGGUUCUAGGAAUUACAAGGUUAUAUUAUAACCGUAUAUAAAGAACUUAAUAUAGUGGAUAAUGUUUAAGGAAUAUUGGUUGCUUUGUGACAAUCAUUUUUAUCCUUGGUUAGUUAUUUGUGAUUUGUUAAGUAACUCUUGAUCGUAAUAUACAAGUUAGGUAUUUUUCGUAUGGUCAGCCUUAAUUCCGUUAUAUAUAUAAUCAGUUGGACACUUUUUCAUCCUUUAAAAUUUGUUCUAUUCAUGACUUGAGGAUUUGUCUCAUGAACAAAUUAUCAAUCGGUUCAGUCAUCCUAGUAUUUUAUCAAAUCAAUUUUUCUAACUAUUGAGACAAUAUUGUACACCGUGUCUUUGUAAAUAUUCUAAUUUUGUAUGUUAAUAGAGAUUCGAUUGUUCAGAAAUUGAUUUCUGUUGUAAAUUGUAUUUAAUGUGCAUGAGCCUAUUGUUUGUCAAUUGUUUGUUUAUAAUAUGAUGAAAUAUCUAAAUCGUGGAAUCAGCUUAUUAAGUCAUUGAAUUUUGAUCUGAUAGAUGUUAGCAGAUGCAGACUACCUGGCCAGGUUUCUUGUGGUGACCAAAAUUAGUGGUUAAAGAUGUUGAAUGACAUGGCCUGGUAUCAGUCGGAUUGGUUCAGAUACAUCCACUUUUUAUCUUCUCUUAGAUUUUAUAUUUCACUAUGCUGUCAUAAUUACACUUUCAUUGUUUCCUGACUUUAGCCUUAAUCUCCUGAUCUGGUGUGCGUAUCUCAAUGGCCUGGUCGGGCUAUAUUUGUCGAGAUUUUCGAUCCCGUAGGUCCUACCGUACCAGAUAGGUUGUUUGGAGAGCCGUAAUACUAAAAUCAGCAAAUUCAUGGUAUGUGACGUCACUAAAGUGUUUCCUUAAGAUAACUGGCUUCUGCAGCAACGUAGCCUUCUCAUACGGAAGGAGAGGGUUCGGAAAGGUCUACCUUAAAAAUGUUACAGUUUACCUCAUCCCACGGAUUUCCGUCUCCUGCGGUAAGGCCUUAAAAGUAUGGAGCUAACUCAUCUGAAACUAUCUAGUUAGUUGUCUUUUGGGAUCUAGGACCACUCUACUAGGCCAUUCUUUCUUGCAAACUGUGACGAUCAUCAAUCAAGGUAAGCCAGAUGGGAUUACCUUCAGUUCUCGAAUUCUAGCUCGUAUCCCAGUCAGUGCUACAGCUAAAACUGGGCCACCAUUUCUAAACAUUUCUGGAGCUAAUCCAUCAGAGCCUACUUCUCUUCUUCACUUUAGGUCACCCAUAGCCUCAUCAACAUCAUUAAAAUGUGGUCGACUUGCUUCAAUUUCCCAUCCAAGUUGAUUGCGGAUAGACAGUAACUGACCGUAGCUGCUACUUUGACGCGGUGGUCGAGCUUGCCUAUCGUGAUGACCCAACCGAGUUAUAUUGGCUGGAACAUAUGUUCCUGUAUGCUCUACCAUGUCAGGCAGGUCGAUUGGAGAACGGUAAGACUAAAAGCAGCAACUCAAGGUCUGAGGGCGAAGUCGUACUGCUGACUGUAGAGGGGUGUGACAGCAGUAAGGUGUUUCCCUUCGGACAACCAGCAUCUGCAGCGAUGCUACCUUCUCACAAGGAAGGAAGGGGUUAGAAAAGGUCGAUUCUAAGAAUGUCACACCUCACCUUGCCUCACGGAUUUCCGUCUCCGGCGGUAAGGCCUUUUGAAGGACGGAGCUAACACGUUAAAAACUCCCCACAAAAAGGUCGUGCGUGACCGGAUUCGAGCAGUUGUCCCUUGGGUUCUGCGGUCACGCGCAUAGGUCGUUAAGACUAACACUAAUCCAAGUUCUUUUUCAUGUCCCUCAAGAAAUACUUUUGCACGGUGUGGGCAGCUGGAAAGUGACACCAGCCUUCAUACCCGUAACAGCACACGAGACCAAGUUGGUCACAAUCAAAUUCUUCCUACACCCCCUAAUAAUUCUUAUCUCCAUCACUAACCCUUCUCACGUCUAUUUAUCACCUCGCACCGCUAAUGCAAACGAUUCGAGUACGCGGAACGUUAUUCCCGAUCUCCUGAAACUACGCUCUAAACUACACGUAGGAGCUUUUAACGCCCGAACACUGUGCUAAGUAGGACAACAGGUUUCCUUAGCUAGGGCUUUAGAAUCUCGCGCCAUCGAUAUGUGUUCGUCUCCGAAACGCGCAUACAGGAUCCGAGUAGCGUCAUCUAUUUGACCUCACCAUGCCAAAAUAAAGAACCGACUCGAUUCACACUUCGUGUAUCUGGAAGCCCAGAUGCUGCUUCUCGUGGACUCGCCGGCGUAGGUGUAGCAUUGAGUCCUAGGGCAGAACUAGCUCUCUUAGAGUGGAUCCCAGUAGACAGUCGUUUGUGCGUUGUCCGACUAAACGGAACAGUAAGGACUUGGGAAGGUAGGGACACUUGUCGUUGCCUCUUCGUUGUCUCUGCCUACUCUCCCACUGACUGCAGCUCAGAUGAACCAAAAGAUAAGUUUUGUAGAAAGCUUUCUGACCUCCAAAAGGCUAGGCGCUCUGAUGUAGUAAUCAUGGCUGGUGACUUUAACGCUCAAGUAGGUAAACUAAGCGACAAGUGAAGACACCUGGGUGGAUCUUAUGGUGUCGUGGCUCAAAGAAUAGAUAAUGGCGACUGUCUGUUUUUAGCAAAUGCUAACUUUAAGCAUAGGGAAAAACAUCUUUUAACAUGGCGACCCCCUAAUUCGUCCCAACGUUGGACCCAAAUAGAUCACAUCGCUAUCAGUCACCGAUGGAGGGGCUCCACAGAAGACUGUCGCUCAUUCUGGAGCACAUGCUUAGAUUCAGAUCAUGCUCUAGUACGAGCGCGUAUCUGUCUGCGUCUUACUGGACGUAAGAAAGACGCUGCAAGGAAACCUCUUAGGGUUAUACUUAAUGAUAGCCAGGCUAAGAAUAUAUUUGAGGAACAACUAGAAAAACAGUUAGGUAUCCAUUUAAGUGAUGCUCACCCUAAGGCGGCUUGGAAUGAUAUCCGAAAAGCUGUGGAAACAACAGUGAUAUCUGUUAGUACGGUAAACCACUAGGUUAGGGAGAAACACUGGAUCUCUGCAGUAUCUACCGCACUGAUAGAUGCUCAGAAACUCAUUCCAUCUGGCUCUGAGCAUGACGAAGAGUGGAGUCAGCUUAAGCUCAGGUUGAUAAGUCUACUCAGUGAUCGCGAACGUUGGUGGGUAUCGAAAGCAAGGGAGAUGGAAAAGGCAGUGGCAGUAGUUAACAGCAGACAACUGUUCAGACUUAUCAAGGAAACCGGUAUUGGGAAUCCAACCGCUUGUCUCGAUAGGCAGCGUUUACUGGUGGAAAGGUACGUUAGAAGAAAGCUAAGAGUACCCAAUAUAAACGUAAUAUCAGUGUAUGAAGCCACUGGCUAUUGGUCUGAGUCAUGUUGAUCAAUCCAAACCACCUGGUUGGAGUCCUCGAGAUAACUUUCAUUAGUGACUGGAGACCAUAGGUAACAUUGCUCAGAAUCUUUCACAAUGGCACGGAUACAUUCACUCUCUUUAUCUUCCUCUUGAUAUUUAGUCUCAGUAUCCCUUCAAAUGUACGUUUCCGCUCUGUCUCUUCGAUCCCUGUUUCUAAUGCAUGGGUGUUUUUAUUAUCAUUGCUGGUCCGGUGUUCCACUCAUUUGAGGUUGGUGAAGCUUCACUCGGUAAAGCCCAUGGGCUUAUCUGUAUCAGGUUCUACCUCCCAAGGCUCACGAACCUACCUCGUGGGCCCGAUUUCGUGUGGAAAUCGUCGGAAGCCUCGGUUCUCGGUACCUGGGCGUCGCACCAACGGCAAGUAUAGCCUACGCACACACAAAUUACACACACAUUUCCAUGCAUCCCAUAGGUAUAUUCACCCACCUGGUAGUGUAGAUAAUCACCACUCCGUUUAAGCGUAUUUGCCACAUUGACUAUCUCGUAUGCAUUAUAUACAUACUACUGGUACAAAAACUUCCAUGCAUUUCAUGGCACACACAUAAACAUAAGCACUCGGGGAGGGUUGAUGGUCACCUCCUAUUAUUGUUUGCUGUCACACUCAAAGUUACAUGCACGAAUCUGUAGACAAUAAUAAGUUAGGCGGAAUAGGAAUAUUCGCGGAAUAAUGUUAUGGAACAGAUAUAAGAACUCUGUUUAAUACUUCUUUACUUUAUAGAUUUGAAAUGAAUGUCAGUUUGUACAGAAAACAGUUCAACAAAGUUUUCCUUCAGUUAAAUAAACUUCACUUGUCAGUCAGUUAUAAUCAACUUAGAGCCUUGAAUAAAUGUGUGUUAGCCUAAGUUGUUAUACCAUAUUGGCAUGAUGAGAUAAAAUUAAAAUGAUGAAUGUCAAACAAAAUCAAGAUAAUAUAAUAGCAAUACCAGAGAGAAAGAUUAGGCAUUGAGCAUAUGAUUCAAAUAGACGGAUGGGAAGGCGUAUAUGGAGGAUUACUGGUACUUGGAAUAUAGAAUAAGAUACAAAGUAAAUAUACCUACACCAUUGAGAACGAUUAUGAACCAUGUCACUCAUCGUCUUGUGAUAUUCCAACUUGACUGUUAAUAUGAUGACGAGAAUAUAGGGAUUCAGGGGAUGGUGUUACUCAGUCAAUUGUUUUCGUGUAGACGUUUGACGAAUGACUUACUAGUUAAGGAACUUGAUUUUGGUCAGCUUGCCCAUAGGUUCAAAUCUCAUUCCAUUUUUAUCCUGGAUAGUCGAGUAGUGUCACUAGGCCUUACACAAUUAGUGUUAUUCGAAGUUAAGUACUUUAUAUUGUACUUUGCACCCAAAUGCUCUGGUACGGCCGAGGGUGGGUAGAGUCCAUUCUCUUUUUCCAAAUGCUCUAACAUGGCCACGCGUAUACAGCCUCUUCUAGAAAAGUCCUACUCACUGCCUUCUCGCGGAGGGGGUGUUAUUUACGCAAUUGAGAGGACGAAAAGCGAAUGUCUGACGCUCUAACCGGGUCGGUGGAUAUGGAGGACCUACCUAAGGGAGUUGGAAAACCCUGAUUCCAAACCAUUGGUGCACAUGGGCUCCAGUAUCCUAAGGAAACAAAUGGUGUAUGAACCAAUCGUCGGUCACCAGCUACCAUGUGACUGGAUCUCUUGACGUUACUCCACUGUCUUUUAGAUCAUACCUUUAGGUCGUAGGCUCCGAGUGUGGCCCCCAAGAAAACCACCUGCUUCAGUUUGGGCACCCGAGCAGUAUCACAGCCCACACACACAAAUCAAGUGACUUGUGUGGCUCAUAUGUAUUCGGUGCCCCUUUAUACCAAUAUUUAUGUGUUCAAAUAAAUGAAUAAAUAUACAUUUCGCAAAACGGGCUACAUUAUAAACGUUUUGUAAAAGCAAUUAUGACUUUUUGCAGUUAGAAGUAAGUAAAGCCCAGUUGCCAUUAAUUAUUAAUCAUUAACAAAUAAAAGGUGAAGAUUAUUUUAAACAAAAUAAAUACAAACAACGAAAUGGAUCUGGGACAUUGCACUUAUUCACAGAACAUCAAGUUAGUAGGUUUAGAGAGUAGUAAAACAAAACAUGACAUUUUAUGUCUUCCUUUGUAUUAAUAUGUAGUUUUUAUAUACUUUAUCUACUAUAAACUAGUAUCUAGUCCUACGUUGUAGCUGACUGACUGAUCUAGUCAAAAAUACAAAUUAGAUAAUACAUUCUAUGAAUUAACUAACUUUUGGUUCUAUCUAUACGAUCAGAUUAGGACUAAUCCAAUUAUAAAGGCUUUCAAAUAUUUGAUAGUUGAUGAAAGCUUCAAAAUCAUUCAAUGAUGAUAUUGUUAACGUAGUUCUAUAUUUUUGUUUGUUUCUUUUUAUAAUCGUUAAAUAAUAGCAUCUACAACUAGAAUCAUUCAUAAAGAAUCCAUGGAAAUCAGUCAGUCUAUUCAAAUCCCAUAGUGGUAGAGGUAGUAAGAGUAUAAGCAGUAAUCGGAAACAUUAAGGUUUGGAGAUGUUAUUUAAAGAGUAUAAUACAGUGAAAUAAAUUUGGGAAGAGAAAAAAAGAGACAAGGAGGAAUCAGGAGAUUAAAAUUUGGGAGAACACAAAGAGUGUAUGCACCUGCGCCAUUGCAAACGAUUUUGAGCCAUGUCAUUCAGGGUCUCUAACCAUCGGUUGCUAUCAUCUCGCGGUCCCCAACCAGGUAGUCUACACCUAUCAACAUGACUCAGUCCACUUGUCAAUGACUUCAUGGACAUGUGCCAUGUUUUGGUCUGGCCGCCCCUAGCUUUCUUCCAACCUACUCCUAUACCACUGGACAUCGCACGUCGAGGCAGUCAGUGGUUGGGCUUACGUAACACGUGUGCCAGCCAUCUCAACUGAUGAAGUUUCACCACUUCAUCAAUUGAUUUGCCAUCCUUACCUAGUAACCGUUUCCUAACAACUGCGUUACUUACUCGAUGGUCCCAGAAUCCAUCGAAAUACCUCAACUUCAAUGAAAUUUUCCUCUUGUAGUUUAUAUCAAUUUAUACAUUUUGAUUUUUAUCACUUAUAUAUGAUUUAUGUGCUCAACACCAAGUAAUAAAUAAUAAGAUUAGUGAAUUUUCCAUUCAAAGUAGAAUGUUAUGACAUAGUAACUCACUAAUGACAAUGGUGGAUGGUCACGCACUUUCAUGGAUUGGUUGAAGUUAGACAUUAACACUGUUAGAUGCCGACUCUGUGGUCUACAGGUUAAGCGUUAGCGCGCGAGACCGAUAGAUUCCGGGUUCGAAUCUCGUGAGGCGGGCUCGUGGAUGCGCACUGUUGAGGAGUCUCACACUAGGACGAGACGGCUGUCCAGUGCUUCCAGGUUUUCCAUGGUGGUCUAGCUUCAAUUGACUCAUGAAUUCAACUACUGAAUUACUAUAAUAUCCACAAAACCCCUCUCUGAUUAGAAUGAUUUUAGAUUCGGUAUUUAAUGUUCAAACGCCAAUAUAUUUCAAAAUUUUGAAGUGACAGUUAGACUAGAGUAUGUGAAAUCAUACAAAAUUACACUUAACAAGUAGAAGAAAUAAAGAUAUAUAGAACAAUUCAGAUUGUAAAUAGUUGUUAUGUGUUUAUUAUUUAUCAUGGGAUAACAAAUAGGUUUAUCUAAAUAUUAUUAACUGACAUCCUUGAAGAUGGCUGCACUUAUUCAUAUGUUAUGUCUUAUCUAACUUAUCAGAAUUUGAGUAAUUUACUUACGCCUGUUACUCCUCGUGAAGGAGCAUAAGCCGCCCACCCACACUCUUCACCCAAUCCUGUCCUGGACAAUCAUUUCCAGCUCUUUCCAUUUGUUAUUAAUCCUUUUCAUAUCUGCUUCUAUUUCCCGACGUAAUGUGUUUUUUGGCCUUCCUCUUUUCCACUUCCCUUCAGGAUUCCAAGUUAGAGCUUGUCACCUGAUGCAGUUUGCUGAUUUUCGCAAUGUAUGUCUUAUCCACUUCCAACGUCUUUUCCUAAUUUCCUCUUCAGUUGGAAGCUGGUUUGUUUUCUUCCACAGUAGACUGUUGCUGAUUGUAUCCGGACAAUGGAUGUUGAGUAUCUUGUGUAGACAACUAUUUAUAAAUACUUGUGUGUUUUUGAUGAUGAUUUUAGUAGUUGUCGAAGUUUGAGCUGCGUAUAUUAGAACUGUGUUGACGUUCGUAUUGAAGAUUGUGAGUUUGUUAUUGUCUUGGAGACAUUUGUUUUGAGUUUUAUAUAUUGUUCAAUUGUAGGAAUGCUGUCCUUGCUUUACCAAUCCUCACGUUUACAUCUGUAUCUGAUCCUCUUUGUUCAUCGAUGAUGCUUCCCAGUUAUGUGAAGGAUUUCGCAUCUUCCACCUGUAGCUCUUCUAGAGUUACUACCGGUCCUAAACCCGAGUAAAGGAGGGGAGUUGGGUAUGGGGUCGGCAACCCUAUCCCGUAGAAAAAAAUCUUUCUAAAAAAAGCGCCAACCAGAUUCAACAAAUUUAAGUAAUGAUUCAACAUUAAUUUCAAAGUAUAUGAGUAUCUUAAACACUGUCGAUUAGAUAUGUGUAUUACCGAAAAAAAUUUGGAUUUUUUUAAAAGGAGUACGAUUAUUAGUGCAUACCAAGGUUUCUUCAUUUUAAAGUUCGUAUCAUUUCUAAACAGACUAUGUGUAUUCACUUCACUUUAAGUGUUGCAUUUGUAAAAGAAAAAAAAAGAGAUCAAACUAUGUAUUUAAAGAAGUCCAAUUUGAUAAUUCAGUUUACUAACAGUUGUAUAUGGUAGUUCAAUGUGAUUUUCUUUAAUUGAAUUACAUUUUAUUGAACAAUUCCAUUGCGGAUAUAAGUUUGUUGCAAUUACCUAUAUAUGAUUGUAUAUAAAGCAUGAUAUUAUACCCUUCUAACCUAUAUCGAACUAUAAACUUACUUACUUACGCCUGUUACUCCUAAUGGAGCAUAGGCCGCCGACCAACAUUCUCCAACCCACUCUGUCCUGCGUCCCAUCCAAUUCUUGUUCAUUUUUCUCAUGUCUAUUUCCAUUUCCCGGCGUAAUGUGUUCUUUUGUCUUCCUCUUUUCCUUUGGCCUUGAGGAUUGCAUGUAAGGGCUUGUCUUGUGACGCAGUUAGGUGCUUUCCUCAAUGUGUGUCCUAUCCACUUCCAGCGCUUCUUCCUGAUUUCUUCCUCCGUUGGGAUCUGGUUUGUUUUUUCCCACAGUUGGUUGUUGCUAACAGUGUCCGGCCAACUGAUCCGAAGUAUUUUACGUAGACAACUGUUAAUAAACACCUGUAUUUUCUGGAUGAUGGCUUUCGUAGUUCUCCAGGUUUCUGCCUCAUACAGUAGAACUGUCUUGACAUUUGUAUUGAAAGCCCUGACCUUGGUGUUGGUUGACAGACAGUUGUUUUGAGUUCCAGAUGUUCCUCAGUUGUAAAUAUGCUGCUCUUGCUUUGCCGAUAUAUCGAACUAUAUGAUUGUAUCAAAUUGAAAUAUUUAACAACUUAGUGCUUCUUUCAUUUUUUUACUUGAUCCAACUACUUAGGUGCAUAUUGAUAUCAUAGAUUAGAACCCUAACCGAAUUGUAAUCUAUUUACUUAUGUAUAUAAAAACAGAAAUACAUGAUUUCCCUAAUUGAAGUUGGUUAGAGCACCAUUGAAAACCUGGAAGCACUGGAUGACCGUUUCGUCCCAGUAUAAGACUUCCCAGCAGUGCGCAUUCACGACCUAGCACGCGGGACUUGAAUCGAAGACCUUCGAUCGUGAGCACGACCACUUAACUUCUAAACCAUUGAGCAGGCAUCUAAAAAUGACUUCGUUUUUUUAGUGAUAAUAGUUAUCAUAUCAUCCUUUAUGGAAAGCUAAAACAAAUUCAAAUGUGGGAUUGAUGUGGAAACAUAUGUCAACAUACUCGUAAAAUAAUAACUGAUCACUAAACAUACAAAUCUUGUGGCAAUGAUCUUUUGGUGUUUUGUAUAUGUGUAUAUAAUUCUUUCAUUAUUUUGUAUAACAGCUAAUGUGUUUGUGCAUCAUUGAGUUAAUUCAAGGAAUUGAAUAUCAUUUUGAAAAGAGCAAGAACAAAGAUUCUACCAGAAUAGCAUGAAUUCAUUUUAUUUCGUAGGUUCUCGUCAGCUGCUUACAACCUGUGAUAUUUAAAAAUCAUAAUUACAUAAUGGGUUUAAAUUGCUAACUGAAUAUUGUAAAUAUAUACCUAAUGUGGAAGAAUAUUCUACAACAUUAAUUGUGACAACAGUUCAAAAGUGGGUUAGAAACAAUCGAUUACAUAAUGAAUAACAUUGAAGGAAUGUAGUGAGUAGAGUUCAGUUGAAACUGCUAGAAUCUUUGUUCUUGCUCUUUUCAAAAUUGAAUAUCAGUUAUAUUAUACACUACUCAUACAUUUAUAGUUGAUAAGAUAUCAUAGUCAGUAAUUAACAGGAAUUAAGAGUUAUACUAUUUCUCUGGGGAUUUCGACAGUUGAUGCGAGUGAAAUUACGCAACAGUAACGACAAGUAUGAAUAACAAGCGAGAAAAUAAUCGAUCUAGUUAAAUACCCUACGGUAGUUAUUCUAAUGAUUCUGAAUAUUGAUUAAUCAUUCAAUUAUUUAUCUAUGGUAUAUAUUGAUCUAAACAUACUUCAGUGAACUGGAAGCCAACCAAUUAAGUGUUUGAUAUGGUUAUAAGGUCAAUUUUUCACACUACUGCUCUAUAGCAAUGAGCUACAGGGGAAAAUCAUCCAUGAACUUAAGAGCUUUUGAUCUCCGGUGUCAGUAAAUCAUGUGUUCUUUAUCAAACAAUGUGUUUGAUAAAGUGUUUAUACAGUUUUCAUAGUGGACUAGUAUCACUCGGAGGACCAUUGAAAAUACAAGAGUGCUAAACAGCUUCUUUCUCGUCAGUUGGGUUUUUAACAAAAGUGUGCAUAACUUUACGCUGAAUUUUACAAUGAACACUAUCCAACCAUUCAGUAAAAUGAACAAAUGGUCCACAUCUUUCCAGCUCAUUCGUUGUGCUAUAUAUGACGAUCCUCAUCCAUUGAAUUUUUAAAUCGUUUGGUGGAAUUCUGUCCAGGCUUUUUGGGGAAUGCUGAUUAAAACUUUCGAAAUAGCUGUCCAUCACUAUUUAAUUCCUAAUGGUUGUCCGGUUGGUCUCAUUUCGUGGCAAAGAAACUAUCCUUAACAUCAUAUCAUUAUAAACUACCGUUCUUCAUGAUUGGCAAAAUUUGUAUUUCUAUACUACGAAUUCAUUUCUUCUCAUUCUGAGAGUAUGCAGUUGUGUAGUGGGAAUCAUACGUUUUUUAAAUCUUUACUAUCGUUGACAAAGAAACGUAAUUUGUUGACUGGUAUUUUAGUUUAACUAAGUAUAUUAAUUUUAUCUUAAAUAUAUUUUAGCGAAGUUACAAAGUGUAUUGAACAGUGUCGUACUAUUUGUACAAUAUGUAUCUUGAGUGUUUCAUGCAUUAAAUCAUUGUUUCACUAUCAAUUUAUAUUGAUAUAAGCUAUAUCACUUUAAGGGUGAUAUACAUUCUUUCUGUGUAUUGUAUUGUCUCUUCCACGGUGUGGGCAACCAGGAAGUGAUAACCGCCCUCAUACCUUUAACAGCACUCACGACCACUGUAUUGCAUUGUCUCCUCUGUGUUUUAACAUUAUCAUUUAUUGAAAGUUUGUGACAAAAGCAUCUUAAAGGAUUCGAACCAUCUGCAUAGUUUCACAAACUGAAAUGUUUUAAUCAGAUUUUUUUUCAUUGAAUUUCUUGAUCAUCUCUUAUUUUUUCAUUUCAGGUUCGACCACUGCCACCAGUUAAAAAGCGUAUCACUUUAAAAACAGCUCUUAAAGCUUUUGGAUUAUUUUGUACAUUCACAGGCAGUGGUCUUUUAGGUUACAAACUAUUUGUAGCUUUACCAUCAUACAAUGGACCAACAAGAGAUUUGCAAAAUAAACCAAUUGUGAUAACACAACCAUGUUCCAAAAUUUCCCGUGAAUUAGUAUAUAAUUUAGCUAAACAAGGUGCUCAUCUCAUUUUGGCUGAUGAUCAUUGGGAUAGAUGUGAUGAAUUAAAAGAACGUUUAAUACGUAAAUAUGGUAUGAAAUCAGAUAUGAUUGAAUGUCGACGUUUAGAACUGGAUAGUAUGAUAUCAAUACGUCGUUUUACUGCUAGUCUAUUAACAGAUUAUUCACAAUUAGAUACAGUGAUUAUUCAAUCACCAUCAUGUAUUAGUAAUAUUAUUUCUGGUAAACAUUGUUUAACACAUGAUGGAUUUGAAAAAGAAUUAGGUAUAAAUUAUUUUGCUACUUAUUUAUUAAGUCGUUUAUUAAUCAAUCGAUUAAAUGAGAAUAAUGGACGCCUUAUUCUAGUUGUUGAUACCAAAUCAGCUAAUAUAGAUCAAGAGAAUGUAAUGAAUCCAUCAGAACCAUCACAAAUUACAAUUCCAUUAGAUAAUAUUAAUUGGGAUAAUGAUAUCAAUUAUACACCAAAGAAUGCAUAUCGUCGUGCACAAUGGUUUCUAUUAAUGUUUGCUGAUGAACUUGCACGUCGUAAUUCAUCAAUUCAAGGUAAUAAAGCAUCAAUUCUAAUUACAAAUCCUAUUGUUACACGAGGUUUAAAUCCUGAAAUGGAUAAGAAAUAUUUAAAUACUGAAGGAAUUCUCAAAUAUAUUUACAUGUUAAUCGAUAUUUGUCCACGUUUAAUUAGUCGUAAAGGAUCAAAUACUAGUUUAUUUUGUACAACUAUUGAUUCUUCUCUAAUUAAAUCAAUAAAUGAUCAGUCAAUUGUACAUUGUGCUCCAAUCUAUCAAGAUUUACGUUUAUUAAUUUCUUCGAAUUAUAUAGAUCAAACUAUUGAAAAUAGACGUUAUGCAUCAGAAUUAUUAUGGAGAUUAAGUGAAAAAUGGACUCGAUUAGAUACACAUCCUAAUCCAUUACCAUUACCUAAUAGACCAUUAAUAAAGAAUAAUGAUAAUAAUAAUAGUAAACUAUUAGAUGGUAAAGUUGAAACUGUCUCAACAAUUCAUGCAUAAAUUGUAAAGGAUAUAUCUGUUUUAAUAAAUAUACCAUAAGCUAUUUCUUUAAUUCUUAUUAGUUACUACUACUAUUGUCAAUUAUUUAAUUCUAUGGUGACACUUGAGGAGGAAGCCAAAAGAGGAAGUUGAAAGUUGAUGUAGGAGGAAUAAUAGGAAUUGAAGAGGGAAGUUGUUUAUGAAUACAUUGGUCUUGAGUGCUGUUAGAAGUAUGAGGUCGGUUAUCACUUCCCGGUUGCCCACACCGUGGAAGAGUUCUUCUAAAGGAGGUACCUGGAAAGGAAAUUGGGUUAGAGGGUGGUAUUAUUGACUGCAGUGCUCAAGGGAUAACUACUUGAGGUCGGUCACACGUUAGCUUUUUGUUAGUGAUUUUCGCGUUAGCUCCGUAACUGUUGAGACCUUACCACAGGAGACCGAUAUCCGUUGGAUAAGGCGAGGUGUGCAUUUUUAGG